AUGAAAAGCUCUGAAAAUGAAGAGGGAAAAGGGAAGGGGAAAAGUAAGGUAACGGGAACGAGCCAGAGAAAUGAGAAGGGCAAGAAGGAUAAGCAUGGUGAAGUGCAAAAGGGUGGCUGGAGUUUUAAAGAUUUCAUGUAUGCUUUCCAGAUUUGGGUAUAUGAAUUAAUUCCUAGAAUGACGGACCUUAAUUACUGCAAGGUGUUUAUCCAACAGCUGUCCCCGCGUAUUUUGCGAUGGAGAACUACUACGUCUGUUCCCGAGAUGAGAAAGUUGAACAAUUAUUUUUUCCAUAGCAAAGAGUCAGUUCAGUUACAGGCGCUACGUUCGAGUGAAGAGGAAAUGAGACAACCAUAUUGGAGUUGGCCACAGGAUCUCCCUGCUGUUGUCUCGGUAGAGUCAAUCCCUUCUUCAUCUGCUAACCUUGAUGAGUUGAACAAGGUGGUAAGCUUGUUGAGGUCCGAGUUGUUUCAAGUAAAGCGGGAAAAGGACGUCAUUGAGUUAAAGGUCAUAUGGAUGGAAAAACUUUUAGACCACUAUUUAGGUCCUCAGUUUGAGCAGGAAGUAAGGAGGGACCUAGCUUUAUUGAAAGAGAGGACGAAUCGUUGUGCCAUCUCACAUCUAUUUAAGGGAUGUGAGGAAGUGGAUAACAUUCAAUGGGAUGAAGGGCCAAGUAAUAGAAAUGCGGGAGAGGAAAAGGAAGAUGAGGGGAUUGAAAGGGAUGAAGUGCAAAGAAAACCAAGUGAGGUAGAGGAAGCGCAAAGGAAAAUAAGUGAGGGAGAGCAAGGGAAUAUAAAAAGCAGCAAGGGAGAGAAAGCACAAAGAAAGAGUAGUGAGGGAAAGGAAGUGAAAAGAAAAAGCAGUGAGGGAGAGGAACUGCAAAGAAAGAGCAAUGAGGGAGAUGAUCUGCAAAGAAAAAGAAGGGAGGGCAAGGAAGUGAAAAGACAAAGAAGUGAGGAAAAGGAAGUGCAAAUAAACCAAUGUGAGGAAGAGUGUGGAACCAGUCUUAAACUGCUCCUCCCAGAGUCAUUGCAAACACUUUGCACAUUAGGGCGUCGUCUGCCUUGUACAGGAUCAUAG